AAUUGGACGAGAUUCCUCGGGUACUGCUAUAUCUAUUCGCCAUGUGCAAAUAGUACCGCAAAGUUCGUGUGUCCGGUGUCACCAAUCACUUUUUUCCGGAGGUGGCCCUGGUACUGAUUGAUGGUGGCUCCUUUUCUACGCUGUGCAAUUGGUAUUCCGAAGCCUAAAUGCUAGAAGUCAUUGUGAACGGUACCAUUGGUUGAACCCAGUAGCCGUCUUGCUAGUAUCUCCAAAUCUUUAUGCUAGGUCCAAAGCAUGUUGAGCUUUGCGCGUGAUCUGCAAAUCUGGGUGUCUAUCAUUCCCUCGAAUAUCUCGUUGAAUCCCAUUAGUGUGAGUGGUGGUAGGUGUAAAGGACUAAUAUUACGAUCCUAGGGUUGUUUUCGUGCUUUUGUGCUGUUUUUGCGGGUAGCUCCGAGGGGAACAACAUGUCAGAACAACAACAACAACAUGAGUCAGGUUCCGAUUCCCCUGCUUCCGAGGGGGUUGCGGCUCACUCCAAUUCCAUGGCUUCCAAGGAGGUGAUGCCAGAUUCCAACUCCUUUACUUCCGAGGAGGUGAAGCCAGGGGAUUCUGCUAACGCUGAAACUUACUCUCUUCCAUCAAGCGAAGUUUCACCACAAGACAAGAGUGAAGAAUCUACUCAACCGUCGAAGGAGAGAUGGAGCGGCGGCGUGCACCUUACCCUCGACUGCAACGUCGAUGCAGCAUGGAGUUUGCAGUCCGACUUCCUGGGUCUUGUUAAAUGGGUCCCCACGAUCAGUAUAUGCUCGCACGAAGCUGGACCAUACAAUGACGUCGGCUGUGUGCGCUACUGCAAAGGGUCAGGCACCACCUGGGUAUACGAAAGAUUGCUAGAAAUGGACCAUGCACAGAAGUACAUGUCUUAUAUUAUGGAAAAGAACCAGUUCGUGUUCCGCGACGGCUUCCAAGACUAUAUCGCCAAAGUCCAACUGGGAGAUGCAGGUGAGGGCAAGACCUGGGUAAAAUGGACCUACGAAGUUGAUCCUGUGGCGACACAAACCCUCGAAAGUCUGACCACCUUCAUGACCAAGUUCUAUACUUCUAACCUCGAGUUUUUGAAAGAAGGAGCGAACAAGACGAAGCCGUCCAGAAGAAUUGCCCAACGGAUUUGGCAACAAAGCAUGUGUUGCAGAGCUAGAUCCUUAUUCUGAACUUUCUAUGCAACUAGACAAAUGGUGAGGGCCACCUCUGAAGUCGAUAUGCCACACAUUGGUCCGAUAUUAGCACUGUUUUCUGAGAAAAGCAGGUGUGAGAAUGUGCGACCCAGUUCUUCGAGACCAUCGCCUCAGAUUUUUAUGGAUCUCUGGUCGACAUACUGGUGGAUGAAUCUUCUGUCAACGGGUGGUGAAAAACGAUGCUCAUUCUCUUGUGGUGAUUAUACUCUUGUGUCAUACUCCAAUGAUGCGUGGUUCUAUGGAAUUCCUUCAAUCUUUUAGUGAGCAUAUGAAUCAAUCUGCUAACCAAGUAUCCAACAAAGACUCCCAUGUUUUGUUGGAUUUUUAGGGUAUGUCAUCUCAGGUCUUCCAGUGUAGUAGAAAAUUUCAUGUCAAAAUGAUCGUAUGUUGAUUUGGUUGUUUUGUGUUUGUUACAGUAUCCGAAAGUUUAGGUGUACUUCUAGGGUAUGUCAUCUCAGGUCUUCCAGUGAAGUAGAAAAUUUAGAAGCCCUUUGUUGGGUGUUAGUUUUGAAUUUCAAAGGAAUGGAUACUAAUUGGGAAAUGUAAUGAAGCUCUUACUUGUUAAAAGGUGAUCAUUGUUUCUA